AUGAAGAUCCUUAAAGUGGGACUUAAGCAACUGCAACCAGACAAGGUGGUGAUUGUAUGGACUCGCAGAAACAGGAGAGUCUGCUCAAAGCCUCACGGCUGGCAGCCGGGCAUAAAGGACCCGUUCCGUGGAUCUGUUGUUUGGGCUGUUCCUGAAAAUGUGGACAUCACAGCAACACUGUACAGAGACCCACAGUCUGAUCACUUUGAAGAGAAGGAAUGGAUGUUCCAGAUUGAAGGGGAGUCACGUGGACAUAAAAAGCUACUGGCUGUUGCCCCUAUUGACCUGCGCAAAUAUGCAGCUGUGUCCCCUGCGCCACGAGAAAUAAAGCUAACGUUCACUCCUCGAUCUGUCAAGGUGGUGUCAGCCAUGCUGACUCUCAGCAUCACUUGCACUCUGUUGCGAGAGGGCAAAGCUACUGAUGAUGAUAUGCAAAGCAUUGCCAGCCUUCUGAGUCUGAAGCCCACUGAUAUCGCUGAUCUCGAUGACUUUAAUGAUGAUGAAGAUGACGAGAAGCCACGACCCGGCAGGAAUCCUCUAGGGAAUAUUUAUCGAGGUUAUGUUAAAAACAUAAUUUCCGAAGUCUUCUCAGAACCAACAAGGGAGUUGAAGACUCUUAAGGAAGAAGAGGGUGAAUCUCUUGGUUCCAGAAACUCUCUUGCUCACUGCACUGCCACAAAACCUUCACCUAUUGCCAUACAGCCCAUACCAGGGGACCCCUACAGAGGUCGGUCGAUGGACAACUCAUCUAAACAUGUUGUAUUACCAGUGAGAACGCAGGGUUUUUCUCUUGCCCCUGAGAAACCCACCCACACUUCCACCAUCAAUGGUUGUGAACGAAAACCCCAAGAUCAGAUACCAGUAGGAAUCAAUGUCCUGGACCAAGAUAGGAGGUUUAACGAGGUAUGGAAGACUCAGGAGGUCAGUCCUGCUGUUGUACCACAGCUUAAAGAUACCAGCAAGAGACAGCCUGAGACAGCCUUCAGGGAUAAGAGAGUGCAGGAAGUGAGGUUGCUGCGAGAGAGUGUCUCAGGAACAGUUCCAGAGGCAGCAGUUAGGGUACAGAAAGUACAAGAGGCAGAGAGAUUACAAGAGACAGCUCCCACAAUUUAUGAACAAAGGCUUGAGACAUCGCAAGCGCCUAAUGUAGCCAUCAGGAAAAAGAAAGUUCUAGACACAGAGCGAGAUCCUGAGACAGCUCCAGUUCUUCAUCCUCCAGUAUGGGCAAAGAGAGCAUCAGAGCGAAAGACAUCACAAGAGACAGGAGGAGAAAGGUUACAGGAAACCACACAAGUUCCCAAAGCUGCAAUCAGACGUAGUCUAGAAUUAGAGACAGCACGAGAGCCAGAAAAGAGAGUGGAAGUAGAAAAGAGAGUGCCAGACGUAACAGCAGUGAAAGAUGAGAGCUGGGAGAGAGUAUCACAGGUUCCAAAGCCAGCAGUUAGAGCGAUGGGCACAAAGAGUGUUCAAAAGAUAGAAACAUCAUCGAAGAGAGAUAUGAGAGUGCAGGAUACAGAAAAUAAUCAUAGGGCAGAUAUCGCAAGACAGGAAAUAACCGGCCCACAAAGCAUAAUGCUGGGUAUAAGUGCAAAUGAGACAACAGAGAAGAUAUGUGUAACAGAUCAUGAGAUAACAGCCAAAAGGAGAGUGAAUGAGUUAGAGGAAAAGAGACAGCUAGAGACAAUAAAUGCACAGGAGGCUGUAGGGAUGGCUAGAAAACGACUGCAGGAGAAAGAGAAACAGAAUGCCUCAUCCUUACAAAUAUCACUAGACAUAAAGAGAGCGCCAGAGACAGUAGCUGUAGUUGGGGCGACAGCUCAAGUGACAGACAAUGUGAGAGCGAAUGCAGAUAUAAAAGGGAUUACAGAGACAGACAGGCUGAAAGAAGAGAGAGGGGAAAGGAUAGAGAUUAACGAAAAUCUGAGAGUGCACAGACCAGAGAGAGUGUUAGACAUCACAGUUAGCUCUGAAACACGGAAAGCUGCAGAGAGAGUGCAAGAGAAUGAAAUAGAGGAACAGAGAGCGGAGAGAGUAAAAGAGACCGUACUUUUUAUCAGUGAGAGUGUGCCAGAAACAGGUGAAAAGAGAGAGGAAGGAAGAGACAGGUCAGGACAAACGACAGUUAGUUUAGGAUCUAACAAGGAUGAGAGGGGUCUGUCAGUCAGGGAGGGAGAGGAGGCAAAGCAUCAAGCAGGAGAGAAGGAAAGAGAGACGUCUGUUUGGGUACAUGAGAGCAAGGAAGAGAAAACAAAGAAAAAAAACAGUGGUCUUGAGAUGGAAGCAAAUGAAGGACAUAGAGUGCAAGAGACAGCAACCAAGAAACAAGGGAGAGUGCAAGAGACAGCAACUGAGAAACAAGGGCGAGUGCAAGAGACAGCAACUGAGAAACAGGAGAGAGCGCAAGGGAUAGCAAACGAGAAACAAGAGAGAGCGCAAGAGACAGCAGAGAGAGAGCAAGAGACAGCAGCUGAGAAAGAGGAGAGAGUGCAAGAAACAGCAGCUGAGAAAGAAGAGAGAAUACAAGAGACAGCAUCAGAGAAAGUGGAGAGAGUGCAAGGGACAGCAGCUAAGAAAGAGGAGAGAGUGCAAGAGACAGCAACCAAGAAACAAGAGAGAGUACAAGAGAUAGCAUCGGAGAAAGUAGUGAGCGUGCAAGAGAAAGCAUCGGAGAAAGUGGAGAGAGUGCAAGAGACAGCAUCGGAGAAAGUGGUGAGGGUGCAAGAGACAGCAUCGGAGAAAGUGGAGAGAGUGCAAGAGACAGCAUCGGAGAAAGUGGAGAGACCGCAAGUGACAGCCACUAUGAAAGGGGUAAGAGUGCAUGAGACAGCAGUUGAAAAUGGGGAGAAUGUACAUAAAACAGCAGCUGGGAAAGAGGAAAGAUUGCAGGAGACAGCAGCUGAAAAAGAGGAGAGAGUGCAAGAGACAGCAACAGACAAACAAGAGAGAGUACAAGAGACAGCAAUUGAAAAAGAGGAGAGAGUGCAAAAGACAGCAACAGAGAAACAAGAGAGAGUACAAGAGACAGCAUCUGAAAAAGAGGAGAGAGUGCAAAAGACAGCAGCUGAGAAAGAGGACAGGGUACAAGAGAAAGCAUCUGAGAAAGAGGAGAGAGUGCACAAGACAGCAUCUGAGAAAGAAGAGAGAGUGCAAGAGACAGCAUCAGAGAGAGAUGAGAGAGUGCAAGAGACAGCAAUUGAAAAAGAGGAGAGAGUGCAAGAGACAGCAGCUGAGAAAGAGGAGAGAGUGCAAGAGACAGCAAUUGAAAAAGAGGAGAGAGUGCAAGAGACAGCAGCUGAGAAAGAGGAGAGAGUGCAAGAGACAGCAGCUGAGAAACAGGAGAGAGUGCAAGAGACAUCAGCUGAGAAAGAGGAGAGAGUACAAGAGACAGCAGCUGAGAAAGAGGAGAGAGUGCAAGAGACAGCAAUUGAGAAAGAGGAGAGAGUGCAGGCGACAGCAACUGAGAAAGAGGAGACAGUGCAAGAGACAGCAGCUGAGAAAGAGGAGAGAGUGCAAGAGAUGGCAAUUGAGAAAGAGCAGAGAGUGCAAGAGACGGCAAUUGAGAAAGAGGAGAGAGUGCAAGAGACGGCAAUUGAGAAAGAGGAGAGAGUGCAAGAGACAGCAAUUGCUAAAGAGGAGAGAGUGCAAGAGGCGGCAGUUGAGAAAGAGGAGAGAGUGCAAGAGACAGCUGCUGAGAAACAGGAGAGAGUGCAAGAGACAGCAACAGAGAAAGAGGAGAGAGUGCAAGAGACAGCAAUUGAGAAAGAGGACAGAGUGCAAGAGACAGCUUUAGAGAAACAGGAGAGAGUGCAAGAGACAGCAAUUGAGAAAGAGGAGAGAGGGCAAGAGACGGCAAUUGAGAAAGAGGAGAGAGUGCAAGAGACAGCGGCUGAGAAAGAGGAGAAAGUGCAAGAGACAGCAGCUGAAAAAAUGGAGAGAGCGCAAGAGACAACAAUUGAGAAAGAGGAGAGAGUGCAAGAGACAGCAGCUGAGAAAGAGGAGAGCGUGCAAGACACAGCAGCUGAAAAAGCGGAGAGAGUGCAAGAGACAACAAUUGAGAAAGAGGAGAGAGUGCAAGAGACAGCUGCUAAGAAAGAGGAGAGAGUGCAAGAGACAGCAGCUGAGAAACAGGAGAGAGUGCAAGACACAGCAACAGAGAAAGAGGAGAGAGUGCAAGAGACAGCAUCUGAGAAAGAGGAGACAGUGCAAGAGACAGCAACAGAGAAAGAGGAGAGAGUGCAAGAGACAGCAUCUGAGAAAGAGGAGAGAGUGGAGGAGAGAGUGCAAGAGACAGCUGCUGAGAAAGAGGAGAGAGCGCAAGAGACACCAGCUGAAAAAGAGGAGAGAGUGCAAAAGACAGCGGAUAAGAAACAGGAGAGAGUGCAAGAGACAGCAACAGAAAAGGAGGAGAGAGCGCAAGAGACAGCAGCUGAAAAAGAGGAGAGAGUGCAAGAGACAACAAUUGAGAAAGAGGAGAGAGUGCAAGAGACAGCUGCUAAGAAAGAGGAGAGAGUGCAAGAGACAGCAGCUGAGAAACAGGAGAGAGUGCAAGAGACAGCAUCUGAGAAAGAGGAGACAGUGCAAGAGACAGCAACAGAGAAAGAGGAGAGAGUGCAAGAGACAGCAUCUGAGAAAGAGGAGACAGUGCAAGAGACAGCAACAGAGAAAGAGGAGAGAGUGCAAGAGACAGCUGCUGAGAAAGAGGAGAGAGUGCAAGAGACACCAGCUGAAAAAGAGGAGAGAGUGCAAAAGACAGCGGAUAAGAAACAGGAGAGAGUGCAAGAGACAGCAACAGAAAAGGAGGCGAGAGCGCAAGAGACAGCAGCUGAAAAAGAGGAGAGAGUGCAAGAGACAACAAUUGAGAAAGAGGAGAGAGUGCAAGAGACAGCAGCUGAGAAACAGGAGAAAGUGCAAGAGACAGCAGCUGAGAAACAGGAGAGAUUGCAAGACACAGCAACAGAGAAAGAGGAGAGAGUGCAAGAGACAGCAUCUGAGAAAGAGGAGAGAGUGCAAGAGACAGCAGCUAAGAAAGAGGAGAGAGUGCAAGAGAUAGCAAUUGAGAAAGUGGAGAGAGUGCAAGAGAAGAGAGUGCAAGAGACAGCAAUUGAGAAAGAGGAAAGAGUGCAAGAGACAGUAUCUGAGAAAGAGGAGAGAGUGCAAGAGACAGCAUCUGAGAAAGAGGAGAGAGUGCAAGAGACAGCAGCUGAGAAAGAGGAGAGAGUGCAAGAGAUAGCAAUUGAGAAAGUGGAGAGAGUGCAAGAGAAGAGAGUGCAAGAGACAGCAAUUGAGAAAGAGGAAAGAGUGCAAGAGACAGUAUCUGAGAAAGAGGAGAGAGUGCAAGAGACAGCAUCUGAGAAAGAGGAGAGAGUGCAAGAGACAGCAGCUGAGAAAGAGGAGAGAGUGCAUGAGACAGCAGCUAAGAAAGAGGAGAGAGUGCAAGAGAUAGCAAUUGAGAAAGUGGAGAGAGUGCAAGAGACAAUAUCUGAGAAAGAGGAGAGAGUGCAAGAGACAGCAUCUGAGAAUGAGAAGAGGGUACAAGAGACAGCUGGCAAUAAAAGGAAUAUAUUACAAGAGAGAGAAGGUAAGGAAAGUGAGCUAGUACUAGAGACAGCAGCCAAUGAAAGGAAGAGAUUGGAGAGAGUGCAAGAGACAGUUGCCAAGGAAGGGGCGAGACUACAUGAGAUAGAAGAUAUAGACAUAAUAGAGAUAGAAAAUGUAACAGUUGAGGAGGAUGAGAGACUACAAAAUACAGUUACUGAGGAAGAGGUCAGACUGCAAGAGAUAGAUACAGCAUGGAAGGAAGUGGAAAUACUGCAGGAGACUGCAAUUAUAGGAGGAGGAAGAGAGCUAAAGACAGCAUCUAUUGAUGUGAAUGAGAGUGUAGCUAAUGAGGUGAAACAAGGGCUGGAGGUUGAGGCAAUAGGAGAAAGAGAUUUAGAGAUGGCAAACAAAGAACAUGAGAGGUGCAAAGAGACAGAUGAUAAAGAAGGAAAGGGAGUGCUUCAAACAGAAGAGAGCCUAGAGAAAAUAUCUCAAGAGACAGGAAAACAAAAUAGCAAAGAUCAUUUGGUAGUAAGAGAGCAAGAGACAGUGCAACAUGAGACAGUCAUAUCCUUGGAGGAGAGCCACAAACCUUUAAGCCAAGACAUAGCUUCUCCCUUGACUAUCUUUGAGACCACCUCCAUAAGGGACAGAUUGUCAGGGUCUGGGAAAGAGACAGCUCAGGUAUUAUCAGAGUGUAAAUUCUCAGUGUCUUCCCCUACCACCCUUGGACCACAAAGGAGUGCAGAGAAGAAACCACUGAAGGAGAGCACUGGGCAAGUGGGGGAGGUGACGCUCAGCUCAGACUCGCUCUUGCAGUGGUGUCAGGAGGUGACAUCAGGAUACAGAGGUGUCCGUGUGAAUAAUUUUACCACUUCCUGGAGGAAUGGUUUGGCCUUCUGUGCAAUACUUCAUCACUUCCAUCCUCAGAUCAUAAAUUAUGAAGAUUUGGAUCCACUGAAUAUAAAAGAAAAUAACAAAAGAGCAUUUGAUGGGUUUGCUUCUCUCGGGAUACCAUCACUUUUGUCUGCUUCAGACAUGCUUCAUCGCCCUAUUCCAGACAAACUGAUGAUCCUCACAUACCUUUGCCAGAUCCGAUCGCACUUCAUUAACUCUAAGAAGCAGGAAACCUCUGUACUUGGCCCCCAGGGUAACUUAGCAGAAGUGCUUCCCUCGACUCAGUCCCAAAGCCAAGACCCUAAUCACAAGGUAUCUCUAAGCUUACCAUCCCAAAAGCUUGAGAUAUCAACUACCACACAGGAGCAAAAUGCUACAAGUUCUUUGCCGCAAGAGCAAACUAGUAACCUUGAGAAAAAAAAGACACUAAUUUUACCUUGUGAGGAUUUACCAAAUGAAGAUGCCACAUCUGUGAAGCAGGAUACAUCAAGUAUCAUUUCUCAAGAUCAAAAUAUACUAAUCUCUACUGAUGACAAACAAAAGGACUCCAAUUAUAAGGAACAGACAGUAGCAAACUCCACCUCUGAGAAACAAAAGAUAGUAAGCUCCACCUCCGAGGAACAGAUAGCAGCCACGGUUCCUAAGGAGUCCAAGGAAGUGUCCCAGCAUUCAGAAAUGAAGGAUACUCCACAGAAUAGUAAUUCUGCUCUUCAGGAUUCUGAGACACUAAGCACAAUGGUCCCACCUCCACGCACUAAAAGACUCCGUACAAAUGGAGGAAGUUUUUCAGGAUCUCAGGAGGUGGAAGCCUCUAGUUCUGCUUCUGUUCCAGUUCCUCCUCCUAGAAAGGGUGGAUGUCUUGGUCACUUACGUGAUGCUGACCUUGUAAAGAAGAGGCGCUCACUUAUUCGUACUCAGUCACUUUCUCUGGAUGAGGAGACAGAACAAAGCCACGAGGCACCUGCCAGGCCUUCAUCACAAAUUAUCGGUGAGUCAUCUGCUGCAUCGUCCGUGUCUGCGCCAGUUGUCACCGCAGAAGUUUCAGUAAAAGAAGAUGAUGCACCACGUCUGAGAGAUACCAGUCAGUAUGUCACCUCUGAACUUGCGGCGCUAGAAGAUGAGCAGAAAGAAAUUGAUACAAGAGCCGACAUAUUAGAAAAAGACCUCCGGCAACUGAUGGAAUCUGGCUCAGAUAAGGAAGCAGAAGAGGCGCUGAUCCAAGAAUGGUUUUCAUUAGUAAAUCGAAAGAACACUUUGAUACGCAGACAGGAUGAGCUACAGAUAAUGGCAGAAGAGCAGGACCUGGAAAGACAGUUUGAGCUCUUGAGCAGAGAUUUGAGAGCUCUGUUGUGCACGGACGAGAGUCUGAAGACUGAAGCGCAGAAGAAACGAGAGAAGCUCUUGCUGGAUGAGUUGGUCUCCCUAGUGGACCAGCGUGAUGGUCUUGUGAGGGACCUACAUAUCAAGGAGAUAAGGGCUCUAGAAGAGGAUGAACGAAUAGAGAGAAGCCUAGAGCAGAGACGGAGGAAACUAAGCAAGAAGGAAAAAUGCAAGAUCAGCUGAGGACCUGUUUACACCAUUCUUAAGAUAUUCGCUUUACAGGAAGCCUUAGUUUCCCAUAGUGCUUAACAUCAGUUUUAAUGUCAAGACAUUUUAUUAGGAAGCAGCUCAGGGUAUAUAUUCAUAUUUUCCUUUGAAAUAAUUUAUCUAAACAAUUUUCAUCCAGUACUUCAAGCCAAAAAAACUACUGUUCCAUUUAUGGAACAAACAUACCAGUUAAAGACAUUUUUCUUCCAUGCUGGGGUUCAUCUUUGUACAUGAUCAGUUAAUCAUAAAGUGGGUGCCCUUGCUGAUUGAUGCAAGCCAAAAUGUGCCUUACGCUCUGAUAUUUUUUUAGAAUACUUGGGGCUUUUAGGGACUCUUAAGUCUUCUCUCAGAUAAACUGUUAUUUGAGUAGAAAUUCUCCCAAAUCAAUUUCAGAUAUUCAGAUCUUCUACUGUUCAUUUUAUUAAAGCUUGAAUGUAGCCUUGCCAAGCUAAGGUGAUCAGUUGUACAUUACCAGAAUUGAAUAAUAUUUUUUUGCUGUUUUUAAAUAUUUUUCUACUCUCUAGCCCUGCUCAUCAAAACAACAACAGCCUUAUAAACCAUAGCCCCACUCAUCAAGACAAUAGUGGCCUUAUAAACAAUAGCCUCACUCAUCAAGACAACAGUGGCCUUAUAAACCAUAGCCUCACUCAUCAUGACAGAAGUGGUCUUAGAAACUAUAGCCUCACUCAUCAAGUCAACAGUGGCCUUAGGAACCAUAGCCUCACUCAUCAAGACAACAGUGGCCUUACAAACCAUAGCCUCACUCAUCAAGACAACAGUGGCCUUACAAACCAUAGCCUCAUUGAUCAAUACAACAGUGGCCUUAGAAACCAUAGCCUUACUCAUCAAGUCAACAGUGGCCUUAGAAAUCAUAGCCCCACUCAUCAAAUCAACAGUGGCCUUAGAAACCAUAGCCUCACUCAUCAAGACAACAGUGGCCUUACAAACCAUAGCCUCACUCAUCAAGACAACAGUGGCCUUACAAACCAUAGCCUCACUUAUCAAGACAACAGUGGCCUUUCAAACCUUAGCCUCACUCAUCAAGACAACAGUGGCCUUAUAAAUAAUAGCCUCACUCAUCAAGACAACAGUGGCCUUAUAAACAAUAGCCUCACUCAUCAUGACAACUAGUGGCCUUAUAAACAAUAGCCUCACUCAUCAAGACAACAGUGGGCUUAUAAACCAUAGCCUCACUCAUCAUGACAACUAGUGGCCUUAUAAACAAUAGCCUCACUCAUCAAGACAACAGUGGCCUUAUAAACCAUAGCCUCACUCAUCAAGACAACAGUGGCCUUACAAACAAUAGCCAAACUCAUCAACACAACAGUGGCCUUAUAAACAAUAGCCUUACUCAUCAAGUCAACAGUGGCCUUAUAAACAAUAGCCUUACUCAUCAAGACAACAGUGGCCUUAUAAACAAUAGCCUUACUCAUCAAGACAACAGUGGCCUUAUAAAUAAUAGCCUUACUCAUCAAGUCAACAGUGGCCUUAUAAACAAUAGCCUUACUCAUCAAGUCAACAGUGGCCAUAUAAACAAUAGCCUCACUCAUCAAGUCAACAGUGGCCUUAUAAACAAUAGCCUUACUCAUCAAAACAACAGAGGCCUUAUAAACAAUAGCCUUACUCAUCAAGUCAACAGUGGCCAUAUAAACAAUAGCCUUACUCAUCAAGACAACAGAGGCCUUAUAAACAAUAGCCUCACUCAUCAAGUUAACAGUGGCCUUAUAAACAAUAGCCUCACUCAUCAAGUCAACAGUGGCCUUAUAAACAAUAGCCUUACUCAUCAAGACAACAGAGGCCUUAUAAACAAUAGCCUCACUCAUCAAGUCAACAGUGGCCAUAUAAACAAUAGCCUCACUCAUCAAGUCAACAGUGGCCUUAUAAACAAUAGCCUCACUCAUCAAGUCAACAGUGGCCUUAUAAACAAUAGCCUUACUCAUCAAGACAACAGUGGCCUUAUAAACAAUAGCCUCACUCAUAAAGGACAUUAGUGGCAAAACACUGCCCCACUUAUGAAGAAAACUGCUGCUAUAUAAAUAAACUCACUGUCUAGAGCACAGCUGCUUAAUUAAUAUAAGCCCCACUCAUCACGAGAAUUGCUGCUUUAUAAAAAUGAACAUUAUCCUGCUCAUCAGAAGCUUGGCUGCCUUAUAAGCAGUAAUCCUACUCAUUAACUGCUGCUUAAUGAACAACAGCCCAACUAGGUAGGAGAGCAGCUGCCAUAUAAACAAUAACCCCUCCCACUAGGAGCUGAGCUGACCUCAGGAACAAUAGCUUUGCUAAGCCUGAAACCGCACCUUACAUUAAAAGGCAGCAUUGGCUUUUCCCUGAUGUUGCCAAUGGAACAAUCUUUAUCCAAGUUUCUUAAUCUUUUGCUCUCUGUAGUCCUAUAGUGCAGGGGUGGGAAUACCCUUGUGUCUAUAUCUGUUUGAGGAGCACGCAGGAAGCUUUGUGCAGCAUUGUGUAGUGUUUUUUUAUAUAAAUAAUUGUUAUGGUACGAAGAAAACAUUUGGAGUUUUAUUAUGAAGUUGAUGCUUUGCUUGAUGUGUUAAAUGAAAAUACAAUAAAAAAUAUAAAGUAA